CUUCUUAGACUCUCUCUCUCUCUCUCUCUCUCUCUCAUAAAGUCUUGAUAGAAGCCAUGAGCAACCUCAUUGAGAUAUUCAAGUCUCUCUACUCUCUUUCUCAUCAAAUCAAUGAAGUUCAUGGGAGAAUGACUCUCAUCGACAGGCUCCUCCUGUUUGUUGUCCAAUUCAUAGACAGGUUAGGGAUUUGGCACAGAUUGCCUGUGUUCUUGGGCCUUUUGUACCUAGCCAUAAGAAGACAUCUGCAUGAGCAAUACAAUCUCCUCAAUGUUGGAGAGUCCCCAACUGGCUUAAGGCAUAACCCUGCAAGUCAUCCCUAUAGAACGGCAGAUGGCAAGUAUAAUGAUCCAUUUGAUGCUCAGGCCGGUAGCCAGGGGACGUUUUUCGGACGGAACAUGCUUCCUUCUCCACAGAAAGACAUGGUUAUGAAGCCAGAUCCAGUCGUUGUUGCAACAAAGCUACUUGCUAGGAAAAAGAUGAUAGACACAGGAAAGCAAUUCAACAUGAUAGCUGCAUCUUGGAUCCAAUUCAUGAUACAUGACUGGAUUGACCAUCUUGAGGAUACCAAACAGAUAGAGAUCACAGCCCCCACAUCGGUGGCAAGUGAAUGCCCACUCAAGGCAUUCCGAUUCUACAAGACGAAAGAAGUCCCUACAGGCUUUUAUGAAAUCAAGAAUGGGCAUUUGAAUACUAGGACUGCAUGGUGGGAUGGGAGUGCUGUCUAUGGAAGCAAUGCGGAGAAAUUGGCACGUGUUCGGACAUUCAAAGAUGGGAAGCUUGUCAUCUCAGAUGAUGGUCUUCUUCCCCACGAUGACAAUGGUAUUUUGAUCUCUGGCGACGUGCGCAAUAGUUGGAUUGGUGUUUCCGUGUUGCAAGCUCUCUUCGUUAAAGAACAUAAUGCAGUAUGUGACAUGCUCAAGCACAACUAUCCCGAUCUUGGCGACGAAGAACUAUACCGUCAUGCACGGCUGGUGACGUCCGCAGUCAUUGCAAAGAUCCACACCAUCGAUUGGACGGUCGAGUUGCUUAAAAUGGAUACCCUCCUUGCUGGAAUGCGAGCUAAUUGGUAUGGAUUGCUUGGGAAGACAUUCAAGGACCGAUUCGGGCAUACUGGGAGUUCAACUCUGAGUGGAUUUAUUGGGAACCGGAAACCCGAGAACCAUGGUGUCCCUUAUUCACUCACAGAGGAAUUUGUGAGUGUUUACAGAAUGCAUUCUCUUCUUCCUGAUGAUAUCUUGAUAAGGGAUAUAGAAACCAUUCCAGGGAAGAACAAGUCCCCUCCUAUUCUUGAAGAGGUUCCAAUGAAAGAAUUGAUUGGACUUGAAGGGGAGAAGAAGAUCGGCGCCAUCGGAUUUGAAACCCAGAUGGUAUCGAUGGGCCACCAAGCAAGCGGCGCACUCAAUUUAUGGAACUACCCACAAUGGAUGAGGGACAUCAUACCUCAGGACAUCAAUGGAAAGAACAGACCUGACCAUGUUGACAUGCCGGCACUCGAAAUAUAUAGGGACAGGGAGAGAAACGUAGCGCGAUACAACCAAUUCCGAAGGAACAUGCUCAUGCUGCCAAUAACCAAAUGGGAAGAUCUGACCGACGAUGAGGAAGCCAUCGCUGUUCUUCGUGAAGUAUAUGGUGACAAUGUGGAGAGCUUGGAUUUGCAAGUUGGUCUCAUGGCUGAGAAGAAAAUCAAGGGCUUCGCCAUCAGCGAAACCGCCUUCCUCAUCUUUCUUAUCAUGGCAUCGAGGAGAUUGGAAGCAGAUCGAUUUUUCACGAGCAACUUCGAUGAGGAGACGUAUACCAAAGAAGGCCUGAAGUGGGUGAACACAACGGAGAGCCUGAGGGAUGUACUUAGCCGCCACUAUCCUGAUAUGGUCGAUAAAUGGAUGAAUUCUACGAGCGCAUUCUCCGUUUGGGAUUCAGAUCCAUCACCAACAAACCACGUUCCCGUCUACCUUCGGAUUCCUAAUUAAGUGAUCAGUCAUUGUAUUACUGUGGCUUUUUAUUUUUAUUGUUUUUAUGUUAUGUAUUUCACUUAGCAUUAAUGUGUUGUGGUUAUUUGUUAUUACUAAAUAAAAUUUGUGAAUUUGCCUUUGUAUAAA